AUGGCCAUCAUUCCGCCCACCGAGUUCAUUGACGAGCUGAAGGAUGACUCGGCUACCAACCGUUGGGAUGUCAUGGUCUCGUAUUCGGAGAAGCAGCUGAACGACCUCCUGGCUGUUCGCUGGAGGCACUCGAUGAAGCCGGUGCCGCUCAAGUUCGACAUCGGCACGCCCAUUGACAAAAAGUUUCGCCUGGUUCAGACAUUCGACGUUCAGCUCGGAGAGCCCUCUUUGCAAUUUGCCACGGCGGGGGGUAAGGCAACUCUCAGCUUCCCUAUCGAAGGGGGCUGGAAAAGCAAGAUGGUCGGUCAGGCAGGCCCGGGCAUGGAAAUGGACGACGUGACUAUUCCCCAAAAGUCAUAUGUCAUAGACAUUUCCAUCCCCGUCAUUCACCUCUUCGCGAAGGAGUCCACCAUAUCCGGCCCUGAAGUCGAGCCGGGGGGUGACAUGGACAAGGCAAAGGAGCCGUCGCGAGCCAUUGUCGGCAGCGGCACCGAGAUUCACUUUGAGGAGGACAAGGUCGGGUCUACCUGCAUAACCUUCCAGUUUGACAAUGAGAAGAUGUCUGCAGAUAUCCGGAACAUCACGGGCAAGCCACUCGAAGAAGACGCGCUGAUGCUCAAGACCAAGGACAGCAUCGUCAACAAUCUGGUCACCUACGUUCUGGACAAGGAGCACGUGAAGUGGAUUCAUUACAGCAUCGCCGUCGUGACCAACGAGGUCGAUCCCGACGAUAAGUGGUCCGACUUUCUCCGCCCGACCUCAUGCAUGUUCAACACGCAGCCUGGCGCGAUCAACGUCUUCAUCAAGACCAAGGGCGGUACCGCCGGCAGCGGCAUGAGCCCGCCCUUGUUUCAGCAUCGCAGCACCAGGGACAUUCUCCCUUUCCCGACCGGUUUCGACUCGGCCAUCUUCAUAUCUCGCCGCCUCUUCGUCGACGAUUUCCUGCUCCCCAACCUGAAUACAUCCCUGAAAGACCUCCUGAGUGGCCGGCCCAUCGAGGUCAAGAAGCCCGCCUCAGGCACGGGCAUGGAAAUUAAUCUCCGCCUCGAGAAGACCAAGACGUUCAACUACUACGACCUCAAGUCUGGAUGGACUGCCUCCUUGUUCUCGAUCCAGGACUUUACCACGGACUUUGACGCGAACCCGGUCACGGUCGUCAUUGACAAGGGGCCCGAUGGAAUCACGCCAGAGGCGAAAUGGCACUGGGAAUUCACGUCCACCUUAGAGUGGGAUAUAGACACCAGCGUCGGGGGUUCUACCAGCAUAGGCGGGAAAGCCUCAGUGACCUCUACCAUGCCGGGUGAACCCUGCCCCUUCGCCACCAUCUCCGGCGACACCCUCGACAUCAGCCUCGCCUUCCGCGACCCCACCGACCAGCCCAAGCUCAGCUUCGAGGCCCUGUAUCGCAAGCGGCCGUGGUAUGCGCACCGCGAGAUGGUCAAGUACGUGCCCGGCGAGCUGCACAAGCUCCGCGUCCGCCUCACCCCCUUCGAGAUGAAGUUCCCCAAGCUCGACUUCUUUGCCACCCAGAACGUGUUCGCGCCGGGGACACGGUUUAUGACAGCGACGCAGGUCCUGCUUCCGCAUGAUAUUGUGCUGGCGGGGAAGAUGGUCGUGGUGCCUGCUGCGGGGGGUGGUGGUGGUGGUGGUGCUGCUGCUUCUGCCCCUGCUGCUGCUGCUGCUGCUGAGAGCGCUCCUACCACCACUGAGCUCCCGACCGCGAGAUCAUUAGACUACUCGGCUUACAUGUACAUGUCUGGUGCCGCCGCGGGGGCUGCGCAGGGGCUCCAGGAGCUUCUAGAUCGGCUGUACACCGACAACCGCUUCCUCGGAGACGCCAUGGCCGUCGCCGACGACAAAGACGGCGAGGCGGUGAUGGACUGGUUCCGCGAACAGGGAUAUCAGAUCGCCUGGGACGGUGUCAAGAAGGAGCUGGAGGAGCUGACGCUGCCUGGCCCCAAGUUUGACGUGCGCUUCGCCGGAGGCGUGUACAAGCUGAAGGAUGAGAGCCUCGGGUUUGAGGAGCUGUUCGUGCAUCCCGUCACCCGCAAGAUCUACAUAGACGGCCAAGAGACCGCCGAAUCCGAGACAGAUGGGACGAACGGCAAUCUGGUUGUGACAGCCACCGACGGCGACGGACAAGAACACCACCUGAAGCUCGAGUUUGUGGCCAACAAAGACGGGCUCAUCGCCAACCUCACGGGCAGCACCUGGCCGAGCGAUGCCCCUGACAAGACGUCUCCCGUCAGCGGGGAGAUCUUCUUUCCCUGGGACGACAAGCGCCCGACCGGACCCGGCCGGCGCAACAUGUCACCGGCGGAGAAGCACUGGGAGGGCGAGGCCAACCGGUAUUACGCCGUGGGCCUUGACUUGGUUUCCCCGAUGCGCGUCCCGCCCAUGCCGGCCCACGAGGCGGCGGUCGUGACGGAGAGAUUCUUCGCUCCGGUGGCGCUGAUGGGUCUUCCUGAGAUCACUGUUCCGGUAACGCCAGCUAUGUGUCGAGACAUCGUCACCCUGAUCGAGUGGCCUUUUACGGCCCCGUACCGGGCAUUCAAGUUCCUCCAAGGCGUUCGGAAGAGGAAAAAGAACAAGGUCCUCGAUCAGUACGGCGACAAAGCCAAGUUGUUUAUCGCCGAGGAGCCCCUCCCGGAGGAAGUGCUCGACCAGUUCCACGAAGCGGUGGAGCGGAACGUCAAUGAAGCAAUGGAGGUGCCGGGGUACCGCGACCUGGAGCCCGAGAAGAUCCGGGGGUUCAUCGAGCGCGACCUUCGCGAGGAGCUGGUCCGGACGCUCACCGGACUCUCGCGGCGCGAGCUCGCCGAGCAGCUCAAGGCUCUCGAGGGCGUCAGAGGUUUACAGACCAGAGCUCUCAUCAACGAAGCCAUCGACAAUCGGCUAGAGGCGGAUAUUGACAGGAAGAACUACGAGCCGUACCUGGACAGCUGCAUUGCAAAGCGGCAGGCCGAGCUGAAGUAUGAGGACGCGGCGAAGGACGUGGAGAAAUUCCAGGAGGACGCCAGGAAAGCCCAGCAGGAGUAUGAAGACCACACAAACGAUAUUCAGAAGAGGAAGACAGAACUGGAAGCUGUGAGAAAGGACCUCGAAGAGAGACCGUCGGAGCCCGAGAGCCGCGAGGAGAGAGCGAAGGAGCUGGAGGAAGAAAUCAACAAGGCUCUGGAGAAGCAGAGAGAAGCUGAAAAGCGACGUGCAGAGGCCGAAGAGAAAAAGGGAGGGAAGGAAAAGGAGAGGGAUAAGGAAAACGAGGAGAAGAGGAAGAGGGAGGAGGAGAUCAAAUUUCACAAGAAGAGAUGGCUGAAGGACCAUGAGAAGCUUUAG